AUGCUUUCCUCACUGGCAUCGCUGCUCAUUGCAGCUUCCAGCAUUGUUGCGGCUCAAUCGCCGUUCCCAGACUUCACCGGCGACCCAUUCAAGAAGUACGAGCUCAGCGCGAAUGGCAUCAAUGCUUCCUUCAUUCCCUACGGCGCGCGCUUGACGAACCUCUACGUCUACGACAAGAACAACAACUGGCAGGACGUCGYGAUUGGAUAUGACGAGGGAUCGCAGUACCUCGAGGACACUUUGACGAACCACACCAACUUUGGCAGUUUGGUUGGCAGAUAUGCGAACAGAAUCAAGAACGGCACCUUCACCAUUGAUGAUCAAGUUUCGGAAAUCCCCAAGAACGAGCACAACGGCACCAACACCCUCCAUGGUGGCCUGGUGGGCUACGACCAGCGCAACUGGACUGUUGUCGCGCACACCACCUCCAGCAUCACCUUCUCAUACUACGAUGCUGCCGAGCAGGGCUUCCCCGGUGAUCUCAUCAACAUCGCAACAUACACCCUCACUGCCGACUGCGAAGGCCCGGCGUUCGUUUCGCGCAUCGUUUCCAUCCCACUGAACGAAGCUACCCCUGUCAUGCUCUCCAACCACAUCUACUGGAACCUUGGCGCCUUUGUCGAUGACAAUGCAAUGACAGUCUUGAACAACACACUCUACAUGCCUUAUGCAAAGCGUCGGAUCGGAACUGACGGCAUCCUCGUCCCCAAUGGCGAGAUACAGCUCACUGCCGGUACGGGACUCGAUUUUACUAAGCCAAAGACUACCAUCGGCCAGAAUGUCCCAAACACAGAGGGAGACUGCGGGACUGGCUGUACGGGAAUUGACAACGCUUUCAUCACGGAUCGUCCACCAUAUUCGGCUCCCCAAGAUGCUAGCUUGGAGGUGCUGAGGUUGAUGGCACCAAGCACUGGUAUUCAGCUCAGCGUUGAGACCAAUCAGGGUGGUAUUCAGCUGUACAGCUGUGUCAGCCAGAACGGAAGCAUCAAGGUGAAGAAGAGCCAGCAGCACGUGCCAGGACAGGAUGUGGGCAUUCCUGCUUUUGGGUGCUUGGUGAUUGAGACGCAGGAUUGGAUUGACGGCAUCAACAACCCGCAGUGGGGCCGCGAGGAGUACCAGAUCUUCUCGCCUACGACGGCGCCGGCUGUGRGCUAUUCGAAGUUCAAGUUCAGCGUGGUGGAGAGCUGA